AUGCGAGUCCAUAAUCUCCUCGCUAGUUUGCUCGGCCUCGCCGGUCUUGCCAUCGCUGCGCCCACACCACAGUCCUCUGCCAUCCAGCUCGCCCGCGACGUCUUUCAACCCACAGUCGAGUCCGAGCUUGUGCCUGGAGCGCCCCCUCAAUGUAGUACCUUGGAUCCCGAAAAAUGGCUUAUUCAUGUCUGCGGCCACCACAUCAUCACCAACCUUCUGGGCGUCAACUUGCUGAACCAUUACGGCAUUAUCUGCUAUUUCUACGAUGGCAGUAAUCACUGUAACAGCGAGCAUAUGAUCUCGACCAUUAACCGCCAUACCGAGAUCCCUGCCCCGUUCGGUAAGCGGGCUGGGUUUGUAAUGUGCAGGAGAAGACAGAUAGGAGAUGUUGCUGAGAUUGAGGCCAGAGGGGAGGAUGACUCCUCUCCUGACCUUGGCUCUUUCGUUCAGCCCGACGAAAGCCGAGCACUCGUCUCUCCAGUCUCCAACUGCAUCACACCCGACUCCAGGAACCACUUUUUGAACAUCUGCACCGAGGAUUCCUACGGCAACGCUUUUCCAAACAGGUGGAUAGAUACGUGUGUGCAGCUUUCUCCAAAUGUUGCGCAUCAUGUCACGAUCAUCGUUCAGAAGGUGGGAUUGAUGUGCAAGUUCUACGACGACAGCAACGGGUGCAGCGGCAAUGUACGGUAUAUCACCAGGACCAAGGAUAAGCCCCAUAGGUUUGAGCCACCCGCAGAGUUUGGGAAUGACCUCAAGUACGCGUUGUGUCGAAGGGGCGAGUGGAAGAGGGAUGCUGUCGAGCUUGAGCUUGAGACCCACGACGAAGAUGUGACUCUCGAUAUGACCAUUGAUCAGUCUACCAGGACGGAUACCAAUGAAGUCACCACCUCCACCAAGACGCAGUAUCUCCUUGCGAGGAUCUCCAGCGACAUUACCAGUAGCGAGCUCAAGGAGAACUCCAUCCAAAUCACACAUGUCAAGUGUGGAAUUUAUGGCUUUCCUCACGUCAGUGCACGAGACGAGGAUACUUCCUCUGAAGUCGCCAUUCCCACUGCCUCCAAAGCAGAUCUGCCACUCAUCGCCAAAAUCACCAGUAGCACUACUAGCAUGGAUAUUGAUGAGGGACUUGCUGACCGUUGUAAAAAGCUCAACAACCACGUGGCUCACGAUGUAAAAUACACUUCUCUACGACACGACAUCAUCUGCGUCUUUUACGAGAACAACGGCUGCAGAGCUGGUCGCAAGCCUCUUGUCGCUAUCAGGCCCAAGGACGCGGCUUACUCAGACGAACCGAUGGCGUCGGACCUUGGCAAGAAGAUGACACACGUCAAGUGUGGUAUCUGGAACAUGCCUGAUGAGACGGAGAUGCCUCACGGCUCUGUUGACAUGUAUGCGCGCGAUGAAGAUGCGUUCGCCGCCGCCGACAUUAUAUACGCCACAGACCCAGAUACUGCCGACGAUUCGGCCGUCACCGACGUCGUGUACGCCACGCACAUGUACGCAGAUACUCGGGUCUCAUCUAUCGAGGAAAGCGCUCUGGGUCAAUGCUACCGGCUUCCCAACGAAACGAUCAAGCAAGUUACUUGGAUCGAGCAGCCGCAAGGCUACGUCUGCGGCUACUACCAGCGCGACUGCCAGGAUGGCAAUGUUUUGCGCACCCUUGAUACUCGGAAGGCGAGGUGGUCGUACCCGACUGAGCCGGAGGUAGGCAUGCAGAUUGAGUACGCAAUGUGCAAGCAGUCUUUUGACAAGCGCGAUGGUCCUGUGAUGAGCGAGGGCACGGUUGUGAACUCGCCGUUGUCCGUUGGGGCUUCGUCGUCAGUCACUCUAGAUUUGCAAAUUCUUAAACCUCCUGCUCUCGAACGGGUUCAGCUUCGCAUCGGCGAGGAUCUAGGCAAUGCACACAUUCGCAAGGUGGUCAGCGCAUUGAACGGCUGCGUCGACUUUCCUACACCCAUGUACUCCGAUUCAAUCCACUCCCUCGAGCAGUCCGGCCGCUCUGAAUGCUCAUUCUAUAGCAAGCCCGCGUGUCCUGGUGCUCCCGUCCUCCAUACCCUGAAUCCAGAGGAGAAAGACCUGAAACAGCCUACCGAACUUGCGCAGCAAAUCAACUCAGCACAGUGUGCCGUCUUGGAGUCACUCGAGAUCCCACCCGCGAGCAUUCAGACCCGUAGUGAACUUCUCCCCCAAGUCAAAGCAAAUGACAUUCAAGUGACCGUUGGCCACUCCGUCUCAGCACUGAGCACCUCAUCUCUCAAAGUCGCCGACCUGUAUAUCUGCAACGAGGCCAAUCUUGACCCUGCACACUGCACCAUUCUACACACUCUCAACCAAUGUAUAGCCUUCCCAGGACCUUUUGCCUACCAAACCAAGGUCAUCACGCAAGCCAAGGGCUCACUCUGCAAAUACUACACCAAGCCCGGCUGCAUGGACGGCGACUUAUACUUUAGCUAUAUGUCGAACUCAACCCAAGAUGCACGGCUCAUCGGAUGGGGUGUAGAGAAACUAGCCGGAGUAUGGUGUGGCGGCACCGGUGCUACCUCGACGGCCGACAUAAGCGCAGUCAACACACGCACCUCCAUCGGUUCCUCCACUAUCGGUCCCUCCAACCUGGCGAAGCGCGGUAACCCCCUUUAUCACUGGUCCACCUCCCCUGGCUUCACAUCCAUCUGCCGCCAACGCAACUUCGCCUUCUGCACCAACAACGCCGUCAACGCGCUGUACCAAUGCGUCAGCUUUGCUCCUGCAGACCAGGGCCCGGCAUCCAUGAUCCAGUAUGCUGGCGUGUAUUGUAAAUGGUAUGCUGAUUCUGGAUGCGCGAGUGGGGAGCAUAAGCCGUACGAUUUCCUUGAUUCGCGCAAGGGGGAUGCUUAUGCGGAUGGACUUUCUAGGCUCUAUCGGAGCGUCAAGUGUGAAAAGGAUGCCUGGUAG